AUGGUCGAUGCCAUCGCGUUUUUUCUACAUGUCCGUUAUUUUUCCCAAGAUUCAUUCGUUAUUCCUCGCUAAGGAUUUUGGAGGUGCAGAUCCUAAAUAACACUGGAAACGGCUUUGCCCCUCGAGUUCUCUUGUCAAUUUUCUCUUUUUCAUUCAUUAUCCAUCGAAGAAAACCUGUUGUUAGUUGCCUCAUUCGGCUUUCAGAAGAAAAACGAUACGAUAGCUUAAAAAAAGCACAUGAAAAACUUUGCUGUUCAUUUUUCAUCGUUUCAAGAGAUUUUUAUCCAAAAUAAUUAUUGAAAAAACGUCGUAUAUCGCUGUAUAGUCUUUGUACCACAAGUUGGAAUUUCACCAAACGACAUUCCGCUGUGUCGCUGCGCGCCUUUGCGAACCUUGGUCGCGCUUUAUUUUUUGUUUCUCUUUUAUCGGGGUACUCUACUUUCAUGUGCUCCCACAGCAACAAAAAUCAAUUGAAAGCGUGACCUAAAGACGCUUCGCGAACGCACGCAGCGGAACAGCGGAAUGUCGUUUCGUGAAAUUCCAAGUCGUGGUACACAGGCUAUAGCGAUUUCUCCGCAGCUAAUUCUAAGCCAGAUCGAACUAAUUUGGAGAAUUCUGUAUGUUAUCUGAUCUACGCCAGAAAACCAAUGAACACUGAUAAGUAUUUUUAAUAAGUUGGAAUAAAGCGCCAGAGUGACAUCUGGAGUUCGUUCCAAAACAUCCUAUAACUCUAUUUAUCAUUUCAGAAUUGUUUCAUUCCAAUCGGAAUUCAAAUCGCAUGUCUCCUAUGGACUAUGACGGCGUGUGGCGGAGGCAAAAAAGCGGCUGCUGUAAGGAUUUUGAUACAUUUGCAAUAUCUUUUCUUCCCUACGUAUUCACGACUUCUCCAUUUUUGGAAUAUCAAAAAAUGACUUGAUUUUCCGACUCUACGAGAUGAAAACUUCAUUCUAAUGAAGCUAGCAAGGAUAUCCGAUUUUUAUAUUUCAGAGUAAGAAGGAUUUGAGCGGUACAAAAAUGGCACCGGUAUCACCAUCACCAGGUUGGAAUUUUCGAAAAAGAAAUCGAAAAAAAAAUUUGUACGCAGUAAAAGCUUAAUGUAAAUUUUUUUUUUCAAGAACCGAAAAAGGAUAGCAAAAUGGCGGCUGUUGAACCAAAGGACAAGGCUUCGGUAAAGAGAAUUCCAUUCUAGUUAACUAGAAUAUUAUUUAAGGAUACGGAAUCUAAAAAUAAGGACGAGACAAAAGGAGAUGGAAAGAGCAAGGAAGAGAAGAAGAGCGAGAAGAAGUCGGAGAAAAAGGAUGAAAAAAAGAGCGACGAGAAGAAAAGCGACGAGAAGAAGAGCGACGACAAGGUUUUCAUUCUUGUCUUUUAGAAAAACUAAUUUUCGAAGAAAUUAAGAAGGAUAACUUCAAAAAGCCUGACAAUGAGGGAGCUCAAGCCGCCAAGAAGGAUCCUAAUUAUCAGGUAUCUUUUUGUAAAAAGAAUAAUUUAGUGAACAUUUUUCGGGAAGCGUAAAGUUUGGUUUUAUACGUAUCUGGGCAGAAAUUCGCCUAAAAUAUCUCUUUUUGUAACAUUUUCUUUGAAGAAAACGAUAAAUUUAUGAUUUGUGAGUCACGUUGCAGAAAUUGGCCGUGGAGCGCACAUUCCAUCGAGGCCUUUUUUCUUAAUCGAAAAAAAAAAUUGAGGGUUUCAUAUUUAACUGUAGUUAACAAAAACUUUAUUUCAAAAAAAUGCCUAAAAAAAAUGGAAACAAGUUGCUCAAUUUUAUCGACUUUUUUUGACUCACAUUAUAGAACUUUUGACUAUUUUUUUUUCCGUCCCAAACGUGUUAUUCAUGAUUUAACAGACUCUGGUCGGCCUCGCCAAUGAGGAAGUUUUCGGCGCCGACAAAAAUCCCAAGAAGAAGUUCAAAGCGCCAGAAAAGAUCGAGAAGGCUGACGCUAAGGAUCCCCAAUAUGAGGUUUCUUCCUCUUUUUAAAUUUAUUCUAGUUUGUACUUUUCCAGACGCUUGUAGGCAUCGGCGAGGAAGUUUUCAAGGAGGGCGAGGGCGGCGGCAAGGACGAGAAGGAGCCGAAAAAGAAGGCUUUCAAGGCGCCCGAAAAGGUUCUUUCGAUGUUUUUAAAAAAAAAGCGGGAAACCAUUUUUAAAUCUCUCUCAAAUGAUCUUUUUACGCAACUGAGAAAGUCUCUCUAGAGUGUAUCCGAAAAAAAAACUUGGCUUUCCGCUUGAGUGACCACUUCAAAGUUUUUUCCAGGUAGCAAAGGCUGACGCCAAAGAUCCGCAGUACGAGACGUUGAACGGCGUCGACAAGGAGAUCUUCAAUAACGACGAAGAGAAGAAGGAAGAAGAUAAAGACAAAGAAAACAAGGACGACAAGAAGGACGACAAGAAGGACGACAAGAAAGACGACAAGAAGGACGAAAAGAAGGAGGAGAAGAACGAGAAAAAACCCGAUGAAAAAAAGAAAUGA